UAGAAGCACGAUUUCUCUACCAAACUGUGUUACAAUUGCUUUUAGCUGUUUGUAGUUAUUUGAAAACGCCUUUUGCCGGUUUAAGAACAGUCCCAAUCCCUCUCAAUUUUUCCAUGAAAAGAUGGUAGACAGAUCCUUCUAGUGCUUGAAAAAGGUCAUUAAAAAAAAAAAGAUAAAUCAUAGAACUUCAACGUAGACACCAAAUUUUGAAAUCAUAAUCCCAUUCAGAUUAUAAAAUUUAUAAAAAUUACAAACCCAAAAAGCAAAAGAAAAAACAAAAAUUGAAACACACCCUUCUCUCUUCGCAAGAAAAGUAAAGUUCUUUGGCAUCCUCCAACCUCAACUAUACAGCUGCACAUACUUCUUCUUCUUCAAUGGAUCGUCUGCUACUCUCUGCCUCUGUACUCACACUUCUCAUCCUCCCUUUCUUCUCAGAAGUGAACUCUGCCUCUUUCAAGCUAGUGAACAAGUGUCGGUACGAAGUAUGGCCCGGUGUGCUUUCCGGCGCGAACACGGCUCCGCUCUCCCCAACCGGCUUCGCGCUCAAGUCCGGCAAGUCCCGGACCCUAUCCGUGCCCAAAGCCUGGUCGGGUCGGAUCUGGGCCCGGACCCUCUGCACCGAAUACUCGCCCACCAAUUUCUCCUGCGUCACAGGCGACUGUGGCUCCGGAAAAAUUGAGUGUGCCGGCAGCGGCGCGGAGCCGCCGGCUACUUUUGCCGGGUUCACUCUCAACGGCGCCGACGGCUUGGAUUUUUAUGACGUCAGCCUGGUGGAUGGGUACAACCUGCCGAUGCUUGUGGUGCCACGUGGAGGUACAAGAGGGGGAUGCAGCGCCACGGGGUGUCUUGUGGACUUAAACGGCAAGUGUCCCAGGGCGUUGAGGGUUGCGCGCGAGGGUGGAGGCGGGAGAGUGGCGUGUAGGAGCGCGUGCGAAGCGUUUGGGGAUCCGCAGUUUUGUUGUAGUGAGGCGUACGCUACGCCCGACACGUGUCAGCCCUCUGUGUUCUCGCUGUUUUUUAAGCAUGCUUGCCCACGCGCGUAUAGCUACGCGUAUGAUGACAAGACUAGUACUUACACAUGCGCCUCUGCGGACUACAUUAUAAUCUUCUGCCCUUUGCCUUAUACAAGUCUAAAGGUGCUGGGAAUACGAAAAGAUGGGGCGGUGCUACCGCUGGUUAACAAGACCAUGAUGUACUUUUAAGGAGCCAUAGUGCUAGCAGUGUUUCCUCAGCUAUGGUUUGGAUGCCUCUAGUGCAGCAGUACGUUCUGUUUUCCAGUUUCGGUCACUUCUAGUACAUGCUUUAUAUGACUAAUAUUGGUCCUCACGUUUCCGGGAAGAAAGUAUUACAAUCCCAAUUGAAUAGCAGGUGCCAUGGCUGAUACUAGCUAUCCACCCAUCACUCCUCACUGCAUUUGCUAUUAGUUCAUCGGAAAUGGUUGUGGGGAAAAAUAAAAUCCUUAAGAAAUCUUGUAGAUUAGUAUUUGUUCACUCCUAUGCAGUCAUAAAUACGUAGGACUGUUGGAAUUUUGCCUCUGAUGACUUUUUUCUUCAAAAUAUCUGUAAUAUUUGGAGAAACUCCGAAUUCCCAUCAUUUUUGAGAAACUGCAUGUUCUUAUAAAGUAGUUAUGCAGAUGCUAGGUUAGGAUGGAAUGGAAGUGUAUAUGUAAAGAUGCAGAUAUGGCAUCUUAUGUGUU